AUGCAACAGUAUAAUGAUGAAAAUGUUGAUGAGCUUCCAAUUAAAGGGUUUGAAGAAGCAAUCAAAGAUGAAAAAUGGUGGGUUGCAAUGCAAGAUGAGCUAAAUAUGAUUGAGAAAAACAACACGUGGGAGCUGGUGGAUAGACCUUUACACAAAAAGCCUAUUGGAGUUAAAUGGGUUUAUAGAACCAAACUCAAUCUUGAUGGUUCUAUAAACAAGUAUAAGGCAAGGUUGGUUGUUAAAGGUUAUGAACAAAUGUUUGGUGUGGAUUUUUUUGAAACUUUUGCACCGGUAGCUCGUUUGGACACAAUUAGAAUGUUGUUGGCAAUUGCAGCACAAAAAGAAUGGAGGAUUUAUCAGCUGGAUGUGAAGUCAGCCUUUCUAAAUGGCUAUCUAGAGGAGAAGAUUUUUGUUGAACAACCAUAA